AUGGUGCAGAUCGUCGGCAAAUACCAAUACGUUUCGCACGAGAACUUCGAUGAGUUCAUGAAGGCCCUCGGACAAGGAGAGCUAGCGUCUGUGUUCCUGCAAUCGAAACCCUUGAUCGAGGUGCAAAACAACGGCGACCAAUGGUCCCUCACCGUCAACUCCGACGGAAGGACCAGCUCCGCGACCUUCAAACUCGGCGAGCCCUACGAAGAGAAGCUACCCUCCUCCCCGGAUCGUAAAUUCCAG